AUGAUUCUCACAGAGACACAAUCUACCAAAGAGUUCAAUGAGGGUGGUAUGAAUGUCGUUGAUCGCACAAAUGAGAUUAGGGCAGGCGGAAAGACACCACACACACCACUCUGGCAAUCGAUCAAGAAAUUCCCCACAGUUGUGGGUUAUUGUCUCGCACUAAGCUCGGCAAUUCUACUCUAUGGAUAUGACCUUGUCAUUGUGGGGACAGUGGCUGCAAUGCCUCAAUUCCAACUUGUUUUCGGCCAGGAACUCAAUGGAAAAUAUAUUAUCCCUUCCAUGUGGCUUUCCCUUUGGAACGUGUCUAGUUGCAUCGGCUUGAUGUUCGGCGCCAUCCUCGGUGGUUACUAUCAAGAUCGUCGUGGGCGUCGGAUCACACUCACGAUAGGCAGUUUACUAUCCACCAUUGCGGUCGCGAUAUGCUACAUCUCUGAUCUACCAGACGAAAUAGAAACUCGUCGAGGGGUAUUCUUCGCCGGUAAACUGUUCCAGGGAAUCUGUAUUGGCAUUCUUCUCUGUGUUACACAGACGUACAUGUCCGAGGUACUCCCUGUUGUUCUUCGAGGACCGAUCAUUGCAUUCUAUCCGAUCUUCACGCUUCUCGGACAACUGGUUGGGUCUAUUGUGGUUUAUACUUCGCUCAAGCAUACAGGCGCACAAUCCUAUCGGAUUUGCUUUGCGUCGCAAUGGCCGUUCUCAGCUAUCCCGUUCGUUGUAUCAAUGUUUUUACCAGAGAGUCCGACCUGGUUGCUGAGAAAGGGGAAAACAGACAAAGCUCUUGAGGCACAAAAGAAGCUUCAUACGAAUCUUGUCAACUCGCAAUCUGUAAUCGACGAGUUACGGGCGUCAAUUUCAGCAGAAGACGAGGAGAGCGCAACGCAUACAUAUCUGGACUGCUUCCGAGGGGUCAACAAGCGCAGAACUUUGGUUGUGGCGUUUGCAAACAUCAUACCCCAGAUGUUUGGACUUCAGCUGCUGGCAAAUGCUUCGUACUUUAUGCAGGUUGUGGGCAUGAGUUCAUCUAACAGCUUGAUAUUCUUGAUCUUGGGUAUUGGACUGGGCCUGAUUGCGAAUGUCAUAAGUCUGUGGGCACUGAAUGCCUUUGGCAGAAGGUUCCUCAUUUUACUCACUCUGGGCAUUGUUACGGUUCUAUGGUUGGCGACAGGAAUCGCAGGGAUCUUCAACGGAACUGUGACGAUAUGGUAUACAGCGGUUAGCAUGAUGAUUAUUACUAUGGUCUCUGGCUUUGGAUCGUGGCCUACGUCUCACGUCGUCGCCGCCGAGGCAUCUUCGCUGCAACUCCGAGCCAAAAGCCAAGGUAUUGGGUGGUUUACGAGCGGUGUCGGAACUACAGUGUUCGCCAUCAUCUUGCCAUAUAUCUACAAUGCAGACCAAGGAAACUUGAGGGCGAAAACAGGGUUCGUCAUGGCAGGAUUCGCCGCUGUUGCAGUCGUUGUAGUGUGGCUGGCUAUCCUAGAGAUAAAAGGGCGGAUACCGAUAGAGAUUGAUCGCAUGUUCUCGUUGAAGUUACGGACUCGGGAAUUUAAAGGUUGGCAUAGCGAUGUGACCCUUAGAGCCGAAAUAGAAGAUGCUCAUCUACCCUUGAAAGCGUGA